AUGUCAAAAACUAAGGAAGAAGUGAUAUAUCUCGGCAAGGGGUGUUUGGGGGGUGGAAGCCUACUCAUGGGGAGACUAGAGUCGUUUUGGUUUGCGGUGGAGGAUGAAGGCAACGACAGAGAACAUGCCCCUUUCUCUUCCCCAUCUUCGUCUGAGAUCUUCAUUUCUCUUUCAUCUCGCCCCACACUUUCUUGCAAAUACAGAGACCCUUUGAACAUGAGCACUGCAAGUUACUAG